GGGAUUACAGGUGUGCGCCACCACGCCCUGCAUAAGUCUGGAUGUUAUCAUUCACAUUUUACGCAGAUGACAGUUUAGGGCUCACUUAGCAAGUGGCUGGAUGGAGAUUUAAAACCAGCUCUCUCUUAUUCCCGAGUCAGCGUUCUUUCUGCACCGUGAUUAGCAGACCAGGUGAUGCAGCAUUUUAGAGGAAGGAGUGGCCGCUCUCUCUGGAGAUACACGAGGGCAUCCCGGGCAGCAGCAUGAAAGGAAAGAAAUGUUAGGCUACUUUAGCAGCUUCGUGGGUUGAUAAAAAGGAUAAUGAGAGUAAGGGAAGAUCAAGCAAAAACAGCUGCGUUAGCACCUUGGAGACCCAGCCAAGAGGCGGAGGCCUGGCAGCCACUGCGGAAACCAUUAGGGUGUCCAGGCCGGAGGCAACCACCCUUGCCCACUGUGGAGCAGUCGGUCUUGCUGCACUGGGCGGAGCUGUGGAGGCAGGAAGAGAGGCCAUCUAGCAUCCCUGACCAGGGCUCCCUGGAGUCACAGCAGCGAGAGUGGGGAAGAGAGCAGGAGCCAGAGACUCGGGCCUGGUGGGGCCAGUCGCCAAGGGGGACGUGGGAAGGCCUGAGUGUGCCUACGGCUCGGGGGGACGAGAAUGAGGAACGGCUUAGGUUUUGCACGUGUUAAGCUUGAGGCCCCACUGUGCACUGGGCUGAGUGUCGGGUAAUUUGCUUGCUGGGCGCUACUUUAGGCUCUGGGGAAAAAGCAAGGAGCAAAACCAAGCUCCUGUCCCAGGGGACCUUCUGUUCCUGUGGACAGAGACGUGCAGCAAACCGAUCAAGGUGAAAUCUGUCAGUGGCUGAUAAGCGACGUGAAGAAAGCUAGAGAAGCGAAGCGUCGUGGAUGGCACCGCCCAGCCUAGAAAUGGGAAUGGGAGAGCAAAGCUCACGGAAGGGAGGGUGAGGGACAGGCGGGCCGCGUGUCUGAAGAAGGCCUGCUCCCAGAGAUCCUGCAUCCAUUUGUCCUUCAGCUGCGGGCUUCUCUCCUUACCCCCAGGUCACCAUCCUCAAUGGCUCAGACAUCCGAUCCCUCUACAACUUCUCAGGGGAACAGAUGGCCUCCUACUUCGGCUAUGCAGUGGCCGCCAUUGACAUCAACGGGGAUGGGCUGGAUGACCUGCUGGUGGGAGCACCCCUGCUCAUGGAGCGGACAGCGGAUGGGCGGCCUCAGGAGGUGGGCAGAGUCUAUGUCUACCUGCAAGACCAGGCUGGCAUGGGCCCGACACCCACCUUUACUCUCACUGGCCGUGAUGAGUUUGGCCGAUUUGGCAGCUCCUUGACCCCACUGGGAGACCUGGACCAAGAUGGCUACAACGAUGUGGCCAUUGGGGCUCCCUUUGGUGGGGAGACCCAACAGGGAGUAGUGUUUGUGUUCCCUGGGGGCCCGGGUGGGCUGGGCUCUAAGCCUUCCCAGGUUCUGCAGUCCCUGUGGGCAGUGGGCCACACCCCAGACUUCUUUGGCUCAGCCCUUCGAGGAGGCCAAGACUUGGAUAGCAACGGAUAUCCCGAUCUGAUUGUGGGGUCCUUUGGUGUGGACAAGGCUGUUGUGUACAGGGGUCGCCCCAUUGUGUCUGCCAGCGCCUCACUCACAAUCUUCCCUGCCAUGUUCAACCCAGAGGAACGCAGCUGCAGCUUGGAGGGGAAUCCUGUGGCCUGCAUCAACCUUAGCUUCUGCCUCAAUGCUUCUGGGAAACACGUACCUAAUUCCAUUGGUUUCACGGUAGAGCUCCAGCUGGACUGGCAGAAGCAAAAGGGAGGGAUCCGGCGAGCCCUGUUCCUGGCCUCCAAACAGGCAACCCUGUCUGAGACGCUGCUCAUCCAGAACGGAGCUCGGGAGGAGUGCAGAGAGAUGAAGAUCUACCUCCGGAACGAGUCAGAAUUUCGAGACAAACUCUCCCCAAUUCACAUCGCCCUCAACUUCUCCUUGGACCCCGAAGCCCCCACGGACAGCCAUGGCCUCCGGCCAGUUCUGCAUUAUCAGAGCAAGAGCCGAAUAGAGGACAAGGCUCAGAUCUUGCUGGACUGUGGAGAAGACAAUAUCUGUGUGCCAGACCUUCAGCUGGAAGUGUUUGGGGACCAGAACCGCGUGUACCUGGGUAACAAGGACUCCCUGAACUUGACUUUCCAUGCCCAGAACGUGGGUGAGGGCGGUGCCUACGAGGCUGAGCUGCGCGUCACAGCCCCUCUGGAGGCUGAGUACAUAGGACUUGUCAGAAACCCAGGGAACUUCUCCAGCCUGAGCUGUGACUAUUUUACUGUGAACCAGAGCCUGCUGGUGUGUGACCUGGGCAACCCCAUGAAGGCAGGAGCCAGCCUCUGGGGUGGCCUUCGGUUCACUGUCCGGCAUCUCCAGGACACAAAGGAAACCAUCCAGUUUGACUUCCAGAUCCUCAGCAAGAAUCUCAACAACUCGCAGAGCGAUGUGGUCUCCUUCCGGCUCUCCGUGGAGGCUCAGGCCCAGGUUUCCCUGAAUGGCGUCUCCAAGCCAGAGGCUGUGAUCUUCCCAGUCAGUGACUGGCAUCCCCAAAACCAACCUCAGACAGAGCGGGAUGUGGGCCCUGCUGUCCACCACGUCUACGAGCUCAUCAACCAUGGCCCCAGCACCAUCAGCCAGGGUGUGUUGGACAUCAGCUGUCCCCAGACUUGGGAAGGUCAUCAGCUCCUCUACGUGACCAGGGUUACGGGACUCAGCAACUGCACCACCAACUACACCCCCAACCUGCAGGGCCUGGAGUUGGAUCCUGAGGAGUCCCCACACCACCUGCGGAGACGAGACGCCCCAGGCCGGAGCCCUGCCUCCUCCAGGCCACAGGAGCUGAAAUGCCCGGAAGCUGAGUGUUUCAGGCUGCACUGUGAGCUUGGGCCCCUGCCUCGGCAACAGAGCCUGAGUCUGCAGCUGCAUUUCCGAGUCUGGGCCAAGACCUUCCUGCAGAAAGAGCAGCAGCCAUUCAGCCUGCAGUGUGAAGCUGAGUACAAAGCCCUAAAGAUGCCCUACCGAAUCCUGCCCCGGCAGCUGCCCCAAAAGAAACUUCAGGUGGCCACAUCUGUGCAGUGGACCAAGGCAGAAGGCAGCAAUGGUGUCCCUCUGUGGAUUAUAAUCCUAGCCAUCCUUUUUGGCCUCCUGCUCCUAGGUCUGCUCAUCUACGUCCUCUACAAGCUUGGAUUCUUCAAACGCUCCCUCCCAUAUGGCACUGCCAUGGAAAAAGCUCAGCUGAAGCCUCCAGCCACCUCCGAUGCCUGAGUCGUCCUGAUCACAGACUCCCAAUCCUGAAGAUCCAGUCCCUCCACCCUCAGUCUGCUGAUGGGAGAGGACUGGGCACUUCCUGAAGGUGCUGAGGGCCAGGGAGAAGCUCCUCUCCCUAGCCCAGAGACAUACUUGAAGGGCCAGAGCCAGGGAGGGGGGUAAGAAGCUGGGGAUCCCUCCCCCCCGUGCACUGUGAAGGACCCUCGUUUACAAGCCCUCUCGUGGAUAGAGGGCUCAGACCCAGGGACAGAGGCCCCAGCCUUUCUUCAGCCUUUGCAUUUUGGAGAGUUUCUGAAAACAAUUUGGAACCAUAACCAGGGAAUCCAGUUACAGUUCCCUGCACCAAACUUGCCAUCAGGCUUUCCGGUCCAGCUCCAGCCUGCAAGGAUAUAUUGUCAGCCUUGUGGAAGAUCCACCGGAAGCCGCAGCUAAGAACCUGGGACCAGGGGAGUGAGACCUGGCAGCUGCAGCAGCCCCACCCUGGUGGGCCAAGAAAACACUAACCAUGGAUGUUUCCCCAGGAUCAGCUCAGGACAGAACCCAGACAAAGGUGGAUGCUGGACCAGAACUCAGCUCCAGGGGGAAUCAGAACUCGAAUGGAACCAGAUCCAGUCUGGGGCUCAGAGUUGAUCUGGAAUCCAGACUCAGACAUUGAUAACCUGAUCCAAGCAGAUCCAGGACAUGUGGGUCCUGCUCCAGACCUGGGCCUGCAGGCCACAUCAGCCCUGACUUGGGAGAAGUCAGGAGUUGCCAAGGGCCCUGACAAGACCGUGCUGGCAACAGAUCUGGAACCUCAGUCUGCAGGCCCAGGUCAUUCCUCCCAGGAAAGGGGAGUAGUGGGCCUGCAGGGCUUGGGUUCUGCUGCCAGCUGCACUGACGCUGCCUCUCCUCUCCUGCCCACCCCUCCCCCUCCCCCCUCAGCUCCGGAUUCCCGGAAUUAUUUAAACUCUGUUGCAAGUGCAAUAAACCCAACCCAGUGCCCCCUGACCAGAGCUGCAAUUUGUGUCCCACCCCACUCUUUCCAGACGCAUCCUGGCUCUCAAUAUUCAGAAGGAGAUGCCUGUCUCUUGGCUUCCUUACCCUGGAUUUCAGGCGUAAGGACCACUCCCCAACUUCUCCAAGGUCAAAGAGAUGAUGGAAGGUGCUUGAAGAUAAAGUUAGAAUGCUGGGGGUGGCUCCGAGCUGAAGGUGGGGAGGAUGGUGCAAGACACCCAGGCUUCCUUAAAUCAAGAGUAAUUAAAUGAGAGAAAA